AUGCAGAGUUUGAGCUACUUGCUACAUACGUUAGGGCUUCUUCUGCUCUGCUAUGCCGUGUCAGCUAAUAAAGAACCACUUGAGAACGCCAAGUAUAAGGACCCAAAGGAGCCAUUAGAAGUCAGGAUCAAGAACCUGAUGAGCCACAUGACUCUUGAAGAGAAAAUCGGACAGAUGAUUCAGGUGGAACGCGCCAAUGCCACAACCGAAGUCAUUAAAAACCACUUCAUCGGUACGAUUCAGUACCUUUCAGAACAUUGUUGCAAACCUACACGAAUACUCAAAUGUUUCAGAGUUAUGUGUGCAGGGAGUGCUUUUAGCGGUGGAGGGAGCGUGCCAGCGCCAAAUGCAAGUCCUGAAGCUUGGAUGGAAAUGGUGAAUGAGAUGCAAAAGGCGGCUCUUUCGACACGCUUAGGGAUUCCCAUUAUCUACGGGAUCGAUGCUGUUCAUGGCCACAACAACGCUUACAACGCCACCAUUUUCCCUCAUAACAUAGGCCUCGGAGUCACCAGGCAAGUUCCAUAUAGAGAAUCCAAUUUCCAAAUGUUAAACAUUGUUUCCUUACUGUUGUAUGCAUCUAUUAGGGAUCCUGGCCUUGUGAAGAGGAUUGGCGAAGCAACUGCGCUUGAAGUCAGAGCAACGGGAAUCCAAUACGUCUUUGCUCCAUGUAUUGCAGUGUGUAGGGACCCUAGAUGGGGAAGAUGCUACGAGAGCUACAGUGAGGAUCACAGAAUAGUUCAACAGAUGACUGAGAUCAUACCUGGCUUGCAAGGUGAUCUUCCCACAGGUCAAAAGGGCGUUCCUUUCGUCGCUGGAAAGACAAAAGUUGCAGCGUGUGCUAAACACUUUGUUGGAGAUGGAGGUACAUUGAGAGGGAUGAAUGCAAACGACACGGUUGUUAAUUCAAAUGGUCUGCUCGACAUUCACAUGCCGGCUUAUUACGAUGCUGUAAACAAGGGCGUUGCAACAGUUAUGGUGUCCUACUCGUCCUUGAACGGGUUGAAAAUGCACGCCAAUAAGAAACUUAUCACAGGUUUCCUCAAGAACAAGCUCAAGUUCAAGGGCAUUGUCAUAUCGGAUUUUCUAGGUGUUGAUCAGAUCACCACGCCUAUUCAUGCUAACUAUUCACACUCUGUUCAUGCUGCUAUCACUGCUGGACUCGAUAUGUUCAUGGGUUCAUCAAACUUGACCGAGCUAAUCGAAGACAUAACCAGUCAGGUGAAGAGAAACCUCAUCCCGAUGAGCAGAAUCGACGAUGCUGUGGAGAGAAUCAUGAGAGUCAAAUUCACAAUGGGGCUCUUUGAGGCUCCCAUGGCUGAUCAUAGCUUAGCCAACAAACUCGGUUGUAAGGAACACAGGGAAGUGGCAAGGGAAGCAGUGAGGAAGUCUGUAGUGUUGUUGAAGAAUGGUGAAAAUGCAGAUAAGCCAUUGCUUCCUCUUCCAAAGAAAGCCAACAAGAUCCUUGUCGCAGGAACACACGCUGAUAACUUGGGAUACCAAUGUGGUGGCUGGACUAUCACUUGGCAAGGACUCAAUGCCAACAAUCUCACCAUUGGUACAACGAUCCUCGCCGCAGUGAACAACACGGUGGAUCCGACGACAAAAGUCGUUUACGAUCAGAAUCCCGACGCCAAUUUCGUCAAGUUCGGCGGGUUCGAUUACGCAAUCGUGGUCGUCGGAGAGACGCCGUACGCGGAGCGAUUCGGAGACAGCACGAAUUUAACCAUAGCGGAACCAGGUCCGAGCACAAUCGGAAACGUUUGCGGAUCGGUGAAAUGUGUGGUGGUGGUUGUGUCGGGGCGUCCGGUGGUGAUGCAGCCGUACAUCUCGAGCAUCGACGCUCUCGUGGCGGCGUGGCUGCCGGGAACGGAAGGUCAGGGAGUGGCUGAUGUUGUCUUCGGAGAUUAUGGAUUCACCGGGAAGUUGGCUCGGACGUGGUUUAGGACAGUGGAUCAGUUGCCGAUGAACGUGGGCGACCCGCAUUACGACCCGUUGUACCCGUUUGGGUUCGGGUUAGUUACAAAGCCAAAUUAA